UUGCCAAUGUAAACUUUUUCUCCGCAGAGGCCAACGUGAUUUGGUAUCAACAAAUCUCUAAGCUGCGUCAAAGCUCUACUGGUGUGAUGUAGGUCAGUUGUGCAGUCGAGUCUACGCUGGCAUAAUUAUUAAGUGGUUAGUUUUCCGACUGGUUGGACAUAGACGUACAGAAGGAAAAUGGCAAACAAACUGACUUCAAAUGGCUGGUUUGGAUUUAUGCUCUACACCGCGACCAUGGCACUGACUGGUUGGAAUUCCAGCCGCGCCCAAGAAUCCAUCAAGCUUCUCCAGCGGCCUGUCAGGAAUUCUGAGCCGCUGGUUGUGCCGGCCCAUGCUUCAAAGAUGUACCUCAGCCCGGAUGAGCUAAGACGGCUCCAUUUUAAGACCCCCACGGACUCUAUCCAGUUGUCGGAAGGACAAGAGGCAAAGUUCAGCUGCUCUAUUGAUAUUCCUGAUACCCAGCUGGAACCCACUAUUUUGUGGAUGAAGAACGGCCAGGACCUGGCUACUAAUAUGCAGGUACUAAUCAAUGAACUGCAGACCAUCACAGACAUGGCAACAAGGCUCCUUUCCACUGUCAGCAUUACCCAGGUGCAGAGGGCAGAUGCUGGUGAGUACCGCUGUAGGCUCAGCAUCGGCAACAUGAUGGUGGAGUCUCACCCUAUCACCAUCAGGGUUGAAGGCCUCCCAACUUUUAUUCAGCAACCUGAGGAUAGAAACAUUACAAAGGACACUCCUUUUACUCUAUCAUGUGAGGCGGUAGGACCUCCAGACCCCAUCAAGAUUCGCUGGCUGCGUGAUGGCGUACCUGUUGGUGACUACCAUAGAUCGCCCAGCACUUACAAUGUGGAAGGUGUCGACAAGUACACUCAGUUCAACUGUGAAGCUUAUAACUCGAAAGGGGUCAGUACAUCAAGGGAGGCAAACAUCAACAUUAAAGUGCUUCCCAGGACUAUGUCUAAUUUGAGUGUGAUUGCAAGGGAGUCCAAUAAAUUGAUGUUAAGUUGGGUGCCCGGACAUGAUGGCUUCUCUCCAUUGACCAAGUGCCACAUCAGGUUGAAAGAGGUGAGUCGCAGGAUAGGGGAGGUGACGAUAACCAGGAUCAUCAACGUCACGGUGCCGCCAUUUCAAUGUGAAGUCCCUGGGCUGCAAGCCAUGACGUCUUACAACAUGAGCGUUUCCUGCAGCAAUGAGGUGGGGGCUUCUCCAGUCUCCUCUUGGAUCCAGAGCAACACAACAGAGGGAGUGCCAUCAGUGUAUCCUCGAAACGUCACCGUGCAGCUGAAUGAAACAUGGCUGGUGAUCAGGUGGAAGCCUCCGCCGGAUGAUAAAAUAAACGGUAUACUGCAAGGCUAUGACAUAAUUGUCCGCCAUGGCACGCAGGUUAACAAGAUUCACAGUUACACCAACACGGCCUUUGUAGCGGUGCACGAUUUCAACAUCACGUACAGUGUGGAGGUGGCUGCAUGCACACGUGCUGGAAGCGGGAUGGUCAGCCCACGAGUCUGGUUGUUUGUGCCAGAAGACAAAUCCGGCCCAUCACCGUCCUCAAGCCCCGACACCAAGAUUCCAGAUUCUGUCAGUGUUGUUCUUGGUGUGGUGUGUGGAAUCUGUCUUUUGAUGCUUGUCCUCUGGGUGGCUAUCUGUGUACACAACAGGACAUCUGACUCUUGGCUUGGGUGGUUGUUGGGAAGUGGACAAAAGCAACAGCCAAUUGUCCACUACAAACCUCAGAGAUCCUACAAUCGAGCUGCAGUUGGAGUAACACUUGUAAACCUUGGCGUCAGCAAUGAACUCCAUGCCAAAUUGCAGGACGUGAUGGUCAUGAGGAACUUGCUUUCCGUAGGAAAGAUUCUUGGAGAAGGUGAAUUUGGCUCAGUGAUGGAAGGUCAUUUAAGACAACCAGAUGGGACAUCGGAAAAAGUUGCUGUGAAGACAAUGAAAUUGGAUAGCUUUUCCCAGAGAGAAAUAGAGGAGUUCCUGAAUGAGGCAGCCUGCAUGAAAGAUUUCCACCAUCCUAAUGUCAUCAGGCUGCUGGGUGUGUGCCUGGAAAUGAGUGCCGGACACUUCCCCAAGCCAAUGGUCAUCUUGCCCUUUAUGAAAUAUGGAGAUCUACACACCUUCCUGCUGCGCUCACGCCUGGGAGAGAAUCCAGUAGUAAGGAGUCUGACUAACAAUCGAAUCGUGGAUAAUAUGAGUACUUCUUACCACGUUAAAUUUGCCAUCUUGCGUUUUAUGCCUCAGUUCUUACCAACACAGACACUUCUGAAGUUCAUGGUCGACAUUGCCUCUGGUAUGGAGUAUCUCAGCGGUCGGAACUUUCUGCAUCGUGACCUGGCCGCUCGCAACUGCAUGCUGCGAGAUGACAUGACGGUAUGUGUAGCCGACUUUGGCUUAUCCAAGAAGAUCUACAGUGGAGAUUAUUACCGGCAGGGCAGAAUCGCCAAAAUGCCUGUCAAAUGGAUCGCAGUAGAAAGUCUGGCAGACAGAGUAUUUACUGUCAAAAGUGACGUGUGGGCAUUUGGUGUAACCAUGUGGGAGAUCGCUACACGAGGGAUGACACCAUAUCCGGGCAUACAGAACCAUGAGAUAUAUGACUACCUCCUUGAAGGACACAGGCUCAAGCAGCCAACAGACUGUUUGGAUGACCUGUAUGAGAUCAUGUACAGCUGUUGGAGGGCCGAUCCUCUGGACCGACCCCUUUUUUCCAAACUGCGAAAAAUGCUGGAAAAAAUCACAGAAAGGUUUCCAGAGUCUUUCAGUAAAGAGGAUAUCAUCUACAUCAACACCAGCUUCCAGGAUGAGAGCCUUGAUGGAGAGGCCGCAGAACAUCCUGUGCUCAGCUCUUCACCUUACUGCAGCCACCAGGGAGCAGAAAAUACAACAGUUACUGCAGACGUUCACGGGAGCAUGGAAGAUGACAGUGACGACGGUCGUUAUGUGGUGGUUAUCUCCCCAGAUAUUUUACCAAGAUCUCCAACACUGGACACUCCUCUUUUGUCGAGUGAUUCGUCAAGUCGCUCAAACGGCAAUAUAGUUCCUGAUGGUACGCGGAUAGAUCACAACUCCAGUGAUGUUUCCCACCUGCUGUAAAGUUUGGUGUCAAGAACUUUUAAGGUAUUGAAUUGUGUUGAAAUUUCUCUUGCGUACUAAACAUUUUGCACUGAAAGCACCCAUAAUGUUAUUUAGUUUCAUAAGAAAAUGAUGGUUUGGUCAGCUUAGUUUAUGUCAAUGUUGAUGUCAACCUAAAAACAUGUUUGCACAUAAACUUGGAAUUCACUAGACUGUGAAAUGAUUUUAUGUAGUAUUUUGUUCCUGUUGAUGUAUAUAUAUUGUAAAGUAAAUAACGUACAUAAAUGCAUAUUGUAUGCUGUAAGAAUAAAUAAUUUAUAGAGUAUUUCUGGAG